AUGGCUGAUGAAUAUAAGGGAGAAGCUGGCGACCGGUUUGAAAAAAAGGAGGGAUCCAAAGAUGAAAGCAAUGAAGAGGAAAUUGUUGGCGAUCGUAAACAAGAGAGAACAAUAGCUGAUGUUAGAAAAGACGAAAUAAAUGUUGGAGAAAAGGAUGAAGGGAGUGUGGAAAUAAAGGAAGUGGCAAGUUCAGAACCAUUUACUGAAGAUUUGAACAGAAGUGGCAGUGAAAUGAAUGAUACGAUCAGUGAUGUGGGAGAAACCGAAGAUGUCGCUAAAAAGGAAAAACCGAAGCCUGUAAAAAGAGGUCUUCUUGAUGAGCCAGUUGUGAGAGAAGGAAAAAGACAGCGCCAUGCAGUGGAACGACUCGCAGCUGUCUCAUCUCCGCCGUCAAGGAAAGCAUCUUUGGACGCUGUUGGAUCAGGAACUUCUCUGGGUGACAUUGAAUUCGUGAAUACUGGCAUUUCUAAAGCACAAAAUGAGACAUUGAAAUGGCUUCACAGGCUAUGUUACGGCACUCCUGGGACAGCGACGUCCAGAAAAAGAGACCUUAGAAGAUUUAACGGUUUUGCAUUUAAUGAAAAGAGUAUUGAUUUCGAUAAGAAGAAGGCAACGGCAAUGAAGCUUACAAAUAACGAGUUACAUAUGAUUGGAAGAAUUUUGGGUUCAGAAAGAGGACAUACAAAGGAAGAAGCAGUGAUGAACGUCCUUCAUUUCUUGCAAAAACCGGAAGAUAAGGGCAGGAAAAUCACAUCAGUAAAGAAACGGAGGAGUUCUUCAAAAUCAUCAGGGAAAAAAGUGAAAAGAAGCAGAAUUGAUAAGAAAGGAAACAAAAAAAGUGUAAAGAAAUCAAAAGAAGAAUCAAGUGAAAAUGACGAUGCUGGUCAGAGCGGGGAGGAAUCUAGCGGUGAUGAGAAUGCGGAAAAGAAAUCUGAAUCAAUACGCACAACAAAAAAUCGUUCAGAAAAAAUGAAGGGCUCCAGCAAAUUAACUUCCGUUUCCAAAAGCGCUGCGAGAAAGGAAGAUCCAACUUGGGGUGAUGGUGGACCUUCAAACGCAGAGGUGGAAAGUGCUAUCAAUGAAAUACUUCGUUCUGUGGAUUUGGUGAACUGCACGAUGAAACAGAUGUGUGAAAGGAUUGCGCAAAAGUUCCCAAAUUUGGAUAUGGCGACGUACAAAGGUGCACUCAAAGAACGCGUGAAAGCAGCUUUGGAGAAAAUGGAAGAUUCAUGA